AUGAGCAGUGGCAGUGGCAGUCAGUAGCAGCAGCACUAACAGCAGAAGCAGCAGCAACAUCAACUCUCUCGUGCCUUUUUUCUUCUUCUUUCUGUAGUUAUAAUCGGUUCUGAGAUCAACGGCCAGGGAAGACGGGACAAGUGGAUCAGGGCUGAUAGCUGUCAUCAAAACAACCCCAAACGCAGACCUGGCUGCCCACAUGCCGAUCGAAUUUGUUUGCAAAAUCAAAUUUGCAGAGGAGGAUGAGAAGCAGAAAGGCAAACAGGAUGGGGACAAGGAGAGUUUGAUUGAGGAGAGCUGCACUCCUCCAGCUAAGGACCUGGUUGGCUUCGCCAACUCCAGCUCUCUCCAUGGGAUUAACCACAUCUUUGUCUCGGGGCGCCUGGGCAUUCGGCAGACCCUCUGGGCACUUGCCCUUUUGGCUUCUCUGGCACUCUUUUUGUACCAGGCAGCAAAGUGUGCCAUCUCUUACCUGGAGCACCCUCACGUCACGGCUUUGAAUGAGGAAGCAAGCCCUGAGAUGGUCUUUCCUGCUGUGACCAUCUGCAACAUCAACCGCUUUCGUUUCUCUGCUCUCACCGAUGCCGACAUCUACCACCUGGCUAACCUCACAGGUCUACCUCCAAAAAACCGAGAUGGCCACAAGCCCACUGAUUUGGACUAUCCUGCGCCCGACAUGCAGGACAUCUUCAACCGGACAGGACAUCAGCUGGAUGAGAUGCUGAAGAGCUGCAACUUCAGUGGACAGAACUGCUCUUCCGAGGACUUCUCUGUGGUCUAUACAAGAUAUGGAAAAUGCUACACUUUCAAUGGGAACAAGUCGACGUCCAGGAAAACCAAGCAAGGUGGAAUGGGAAAUGGGCUGGAGAUUAUGUUGGAUAUUCAACAGGACGAGUAUCUCCCCAUCUGGAAAGAGACAAAUGAGACGUCGUUAGAGGCAGGGAUCCGCGUGCAGAUCCACAGCCAGGAUGAGCCUCCCUACAUCCACCAGCUGGGCUUCGGAGUCUCCCCGGGAUUCCAGACCUUUGUUUCAUGUCAGGAACAAAGGCUGACCUACCUGCCCCAGCCCUGGGGGAACUGCCGCUCCACCAGCGACCAGAUGAUCCCGGGAUACGACACCUACAGCAUCAGUGCCUGCCGCCUGCGCUGCGAGACCAGGGAGGUGCUCCGGGAAUGUAACUGCAGGAUGGUACACAUGCCUGGAACUGCUGAUAUCUGCACUCCCAGUAACAUCAAGUGUGUCGACAAGGCUCUUGCCCUUCUCCAGAAGAGCACUGGGGACAGCUGUCCCUGUGAGACACCAUGUAACCUGACCCGCUACGGCAAGGAGCUCUCCAUGGUCAAGAUCCCCAGCAAGGGCUCCGCUCGCUACCUGUCCAGGAAGUACGACAAGUCUGAGGAGUAUAUCAGAGACAACUUUCUGGUGUUGGAUAUCUUCUUUGAGGCUCUUAACUAUGAAACAAUUGAACAAAAGAAAGCGUACGAUGUUGCAGGUUUACUAGGUGACAUUGGAGGCCAGAUGGGCUUGUUCAUUGGAGCCAGUAUUUUGUCCAUUUUAGAAAUAUUGGAUUAUGUCUACGAGGUGAUAAAGCACAGGCUGCAGCGUCUGCUGAGGCCACAGAAGGAUGAGAAGAAACAACAAACGACCACUGUUGCCACUGUGGAUCUGCAAGAUAUGAAAGCCAAUAAGGAUUACAUCCCCCCAGAGGCAACUUCAAUUCCCAGGUCCCUCUCUCAUGAGGAACAAAUUUACUCCUUGAGUCCAUAUAAAAUCAUCCAAAAUCAUCAAUUUUCCAUAGACGUAAAAAAAUUAUCUACAUGAAAUAUCUACCAUUACA